UGUCUCCUUAUUUCCGACCCGCCAAAUGGCGGUGUUAUUGAAGGUUGUUGGAUUCCCCUUCUCUCCGACUGGUGAGGCAGCGGCAUUGUUGGAAGCCAGUUUUAUUUUUUAAAAAAUGCCAAGAAAAGAUUAGUAGAGUGUCGAUGGAAGGGAACUAAAUUAGGCGUUCACCACAAAGCAGCCGCAAGGAGGCAGCGUUGCUGGGUUUCCAAGCCACCAAAAGAGAAUAUUGUUCGGAUGUUGGUGGAAACCCAUUCUCCUCCGAACCGGCAAGUGGCGGUGUUCCUGGAGCUUGGGCUGGUUCCUCCUAGUCGCCAGGUGUGUGGUGUUGCAUCCGAGCCGCCGUUAGGUGGCGGUAGUGUUGAAUUCUGCGAAUCUACCUCGCCACGUCUAGAUGGCGGUGUUUGUGGAGAUGGGAUAUUUUGGUCACUCUUUCCCGUAAUUUGGUUUCGGCUCCUCGGUUGCUGGGGUCUGAAUGUUGAGCGCGGCUGUUUCCAGCGGCCGGGGAGCGGGCCUGGGCCUAGCGACCGCGUGAGUAACGCCGAGAGCUGCAACCCCUGGGCCGUGAGGGGCGAAUCCCUGCGGCUCCGGUGAUGAGAGAGUGCGAGUACCGGCAGAUCGCGCUGGCGCCCGGGAACGGCUCCACCCCUGGCCCCCAGGCCACGGGGAAGCAGCGGCGCCGGCGCAAGUGGGAGUCGUUUGCGGGAAAGAACCGGUUCUUCUGCGAUGGGCGGCUGAUGAGCGGACGGCAGAGCGGCGCCUUUUACCUGACUCUGGGCUUGAUCUUUAGUACCAGCGGCCUCUUCUUCGGCUUCGACUGUCCUUACCUGACGGAGAACCUGACUUUGGCUAUCCCGAUUAUUGCUGGGCUGCUCUUUCUGUUUGUGGUGAGCACCUUGCUGCACACAAGUUUCACAGACCCUGGGAUUCUUCCACGAGCCACUCCGGAUGAAGCAGCUGAUCUGGAGAGGCAGAUAGAUAACCCUGGGGGAUCAGGUUACCGGCCCCCACCUCGUACAAAGGAAGUGGUGAUAAAUGGACAGACAGUGAAACUCAAGUACUGCUUCAGCUGCAAAAUGUUCCGGCCUCCACGGACAUCACACUGUAGUCUGUGUGACAACUGUGUUGAACGAUUUGACCAUCACUGUCCUUGGGUUGGAAACUGCGUUGGAAAAAGGAAUUACAGAUUUUUCUACAUGUUUCUGCUCUCUCUUUCCUUUCUAACUGCUUUCAUAUUUGCCUGUGUAAUAACUCACCUUACACUCCGAUCUCAGAACACUGGGUUGUUAAAUGCACUCCAGGAAACUCCAGCAAGCGCACUUGAGCUGGUGGUCUGUUUUUUCUCAGUCUGGUCCAUUCUGGGCCUCUCAGGUUUCCACACAUAUCUGGUGGCUUCCAACCUGACAACAAACGAAGAUAUUAAAGGCUCAUGGUCCAGUAAACGAAGCUCCGAGGAAAACACUAAUCCCUACAGUUACAACAGUAUUGUCACUAACUGCUGUGCAGUCUUGUGUGGACCAAUGCCACCCAGUUUAAUUGACAGGCGUGGUUUCUUGGACCCAGACCAGAUACAGCUGCCUGGGCCCCAACGUAAGGUUUCUCAGGGAGCAAAACCAGAAGUCAACCUGUUUGGCCAGGGCUCUUGUGGUCAAGGUGUUAAUUUUUUUUUCCAGAGUACACCCACAUCCCUUUUCCAGUCAGGUUUGUGUGUCCUGAAUAAAACUCUGCCAGGGAAGGCAGCUAUGGUGUGUGCCACCGCGACCCCUGGCCACAUCAAGCCUUUACAUCCACAAGGAAAAAGUACAGUGCAGCUGAAGUUUCAAGCUUCAAGGACAGGCUCUUCACCCAGUGCAUGAGCCUUCCCAGAUUAAAUCAUCGGGACAACUGCAGAUCUUCGAAAUGGCGAAAUGUGAGCUAUUAGAGAGACCGCAUGACACUUGGCUCUGUUUACAUGGAAAGCUAUUUUGUUAUUGCUGCUUUGCAUUGGAGCAUUCAGAGACAUGAGCAGUGCAGGCUGCUGUCUAAUCUAUAGUAUUUUCAUCUUGGUUACUUGAAUUUCUGUCGAAAGGAUUUGCAAAUGUUCUGAAAUUCCAGAUGCUUGAACAUACUGAAUCUUUAGAACUGCUGUUGAAAAGACUGAAUAUCUAUGGCUGUGAAUGGGGCAGAUAGGCUUUAUGCCAUUUAACUUGUUGAAAAUCUGGAAUUUUGGUACAAAUGCUGAAUGGCUUGAUAAUUGAGUGUUUUUAGGUCACGUGACUUGGAUCAGAUCAUACUGACGUCUUGGCUGGGUAAAAAUUUGUUUACAGCAUCAGAAGUAGCUAAGAAACAAAUUAGUCAAUUACUCAUCUUGAUUGGAUGCCAAAACUGCCGUUGAGUAUGUUACACUUGAAGCAAGGACAGUCAUCAUCCCUUCCACUGGGUUGAAUCAUUUUAUAUAUCUUUAUAAUAAAAAUGAUCAAUUACUGUCCACACUGUGGAGAACUAACGCUAAAUGCUACAGCAAUAUAAGCACAAUAUCACACCGGGGAAGAGAUGUCAAGUAUCAGAUAGGAUACCGGGUGUGCCACGCCAACUCCUAGUUGUGGUUGUUCAAAGAUUCUUUUAAUCUGGAUCCAAAUCAAAUUAAAGAGGGAUACAGGAAUCAGUACUUACUUCAUAAUAUUUAUACUGCAAAUGACUGAACGUGUGCUUGAUCCACAAGCGAUACAGAUUAUUUAAUAAUUCAGGAUGUCAUUCACCAAAGUAUGAGGGAGUUACGAAAUGUGUUUUGGAUCACUUGAAUUAGAAUUUGCAGCACUUACUAUCUAAAUUACUUUGCUGAAUAAAAUCCACCUUUUCUGGACUUGUAUAUUAAAGGUGUUUGUGUUCAAUCAGCAAGAUUUUGAGGUAAUGUAUCUGUAAUUGUACAACACCAGUCAUUGCUGCUCAAAUGUGUCUGAAAGUGAGGUGAUGUUUAAUUGACUCUGCACUCUGAAUAGACAAAUCUUAUUCAAUAUCUGCAAUUCAAAUAUCCUUUGGGCCCAGUGGUGAUUCUGUUAAACCACCCCAGCACUUUGAAACACAGUUUAUUGUCUGGUGUUCAGAGCUGAUUGAACUGACAACCAAACAAAUAAAGCGGUUGGAAUGAAUGUAAUAAAUGGCCAGCUUCAAUGUAGAAGCUGCACUCAGGAAGACGAUUCAUUGAGAAUGAAACUUUAGUCACCUGAUUUCAAGUGACUAUCUAUAAUCUAAACUACUAAGCAAUACUGGCGCCUCUGUAUUGUGCAUUGCUUCAGGUGAUAUGAAGUGCCUUGUGCAACUGCUGUGUAUUUAUUCUGAAAUGCAUCAGUUUACCAUUGAACAUAGUUAUCUUGUAUUCACUUCAAU